AUGAAGCUUGCGACCUCUCUGGCACUGAGCUCCGUCAUCCACCAAGGACUCGCAAUUCUUGAUUCAAAGGCGAUAUUGUCCAAAUACUUUGGCAACGAUGCACCUUGGUAUCAGGACCGCAUUCCUCUCUUUGAAUCCAGCGACGCCGACCUCACCGAUACUUACUACUACCGCUGGUCCAUCUUCCGCGCCCACCAACGUGAUCUAGGCGCCUAUGGAUUCAUCUCCACCGAGUUUCUCAACGACGUCUCCUGGCAAACCAAGCCAUGGGCUUCGUUGAACGAUGCAACGGGCUUCCAUCUUCUGGAGGCUCGAUGGUGUCGCGAUCGAAGAUUCAAGGAGGAUUACGCAAACUUCAUGUACAGCAAAGACAGCAACAGGCGCCAAUUCUCAGAGAGUAUGGCGUCGGCUGUUUGGGAUGGAUACCUGGUCGACGGGUCGGUGUCUGAUGUCACUAAAAGACUUGAUGCUAUGCAAGUCGUCUAUGAGGCAUGGAAAGACUCUUACGACACUUCAAAGGGUCUAUACUGGGUUGAGCCACUUCGUGAUGCUACAGAGUACACUAUCUCGAGCAUUGAUGCGUCUGGUGGCCUCGAUGGUUUCACUGGAGGAGAGGCAUUCCGACCGACAAUCAACAGCUACCAAUACGCCAACGCCCGGGCAAUUGCUAACAUUGCAGCGCUCAAGGGCGGCUUGGACAGUACAGUUUCGACGUACAACAGCCGAGCAGAAGCGCUUAAGCAGCGCGUACAAGACGCACUCUGGAACUCUACAUUCGAGCACUUCAUCGACCGGUUCAAAGUCAACAACCAGAACGUUACCUACUGGAACUUCAUCCGCGGACGCGAACUCGCCGGCAUGGUACCCUGGACCCACGACCUCCCCGACGACAAAGUCGAAUACGCCCAAGCCUGGAGCCACGUCCUCAACAGCAGCCAGCUCUCCGGCCCCGCCGGUCUCCGCACAGGAGAGCCCAGCUACCAAUACUACAUGCGACAAUACCGGUACGAAGGCAAAAACCCAGAGUGCCAAUGGAACGGCCCCGUUUGGCCAUUCCAAUAUACCCAAGUCCUCUCCGGCCUCGCAAACUUCCUCGACCACUACCCCAACGGCACGCAAACCGGCGUCAUAACCCCCAAAGACUACACCGCCAUGCUCCGCAAAUACGCAAAACUCCACCGCAACCCCUCGACCGGCAUCUUGGAUCUAGAAGAAGACUACCACCCGGACACCGGCCUCCCUAUCGUCGGUCUCAAACGCUCCCACCACUACUUCCACUCGGGCUUCAACGACCUCAUCAUCAGCGGUCUCGUCGGCCUCCGCCCCUCAGCCUCAGACAUCCUCGUCGUAAACCCCCUUUUCGACCCCUCCACCAUCACCUACUUCCGCGCAGAACGCAUCCCGUACCACGGCCACACCAUCGCCAUUCAAUGGGACGCUUCCGGCUCCCACUACGGCUCCCGCGGCCUCGUCAUCGAAAUCGACGAUGAUAACCCCGUAAUCUCUCAGCCCACCGCCUCGCGAAUCUCCAUCCCGCUUCCGCGCAAACCCGCACCCGCACCCUUUACCACUCGCAUUGCAAAGUCGAUUCAGCUAAAUACCACGGUGCCGUUCCCCCGCGGCAUGGCAUCAGUGGCCAAUUCGACUUCAAACACGUACGCUGCCAUUGAUGGCCGUGUGUGGUUUUUUGAUACCCAAGAUGCUGCCAAUGGGUGGGAGGCUCCGGUCGCUACUACUACUACUACUACUACCACCAACGAUGCGGCUGAGAUGUGGUUUGAGAUUGAUUUUGGACAGCAGGUUAGUGUUGGUAGUGCUGAAAUUGCGUUUUUCCAAAGUAAAAGUCAGGGUUUUGCGGCGCCCACGCAAUAUAGAGUGCAGGUUCUGGGUCAGGGGGGCAGCUGGGGGGAUGUGGAAGGGGCAAUGUAUGCGGAGGUUGUGGCGAAUGGGAUUACAGAGGCUGAAUGGAAGUCGGUGCAGAGUCAGAAGGUUAGGCUGGUUUUUACGCCCGUGGUGGGGGAGAAGGUUAGGUUGGUUGAGUUUAAGGUCUUUUAA